UUGUUUACGCUCGUCGUGCCACGUGUUCCCAUUUAGCAUAUAAAAGCAUCUAAAGAAAAAUAGUUAUUUUAAACCUCUAUUGCGUAUAGUAACAUUUAAUGUUAUACCAUAAAAUUAAUUUUAUAUUAAGACCUUUAUUAUUGAUGUUAUAACAAAAAUUUACUUUUAUUUUUAAGUGAUUCCAGACAACACAAAGGAUUUAAAAAAAAAUGGCUCCACCAGGAAUAGGCACUUCUUCGCAACAAUCCAGGCCUCCAACAAAAAAAAAUCAAGAAAUUGUCAUCCUGGAUGGCGGAUUUGCCACUCAGUUAAGUUGCCACGUAUCUCAGCCCAUCGACGGGGAUGUCCUAUGGAGUGCCAGAUACUUGGCUUCGAACCCCGAAGCUGUGAUCUAUGCCCAUAUGGAUUUCUUGAGAGCCGGAGCCGACCUUAUAAUCACCAACACAUACCAAGCGAGUGUAGAUUUGUUUUCGGAACACUUGAAACUAUCAAAAGAAGAAUCAUAUAAUCUAAUCAAGAAGGCGGUUGAACUGGCUAAGGAGGCUGUCAGAAGGUAUUUGGAAGACUUUCCGGAUGACAAAAAACCGCUUGUCGUGGGUUCUGUCGGUCCUUACGGAGCAUCUCUUCACGACGGCUCCGAAUACAACGGCUCAUACGCCAAUAAAGUAUCAGCAGAAACAAUGAGGGAGUGGCAUAUACCCAGAAUUGAUGCUCUGGUUGAAGCUGGUGUGGAUAUGUUAGCCAUAGAGACUAUUCCUUGUAGAGUGGAAGCGGAAAUGCUGGUGAAACUGCUAAAAGAAAAAUAUCCACAGAUGAAAGCCUGGCUUUCUUUUAGCGUUGGGGGAGACGGCAAAACGACCGCUUUUGGCGAACCUUUCCAAGAGACGGCCAGAGCCUGUUACGAUUUGAAUCCAGAACAACUUGUCGCAGUUGGGGUUAACUGUACCGCUCCCAGAUUGAUAGAACCGCUUAUUGCGGGCAUUAAUAAUAAAAGAUCUGUACCUAUUCCGCUUAUUGUUUAUCCCAAUAGUGGUGAGAGUUAUAGCGUGGAACUUGGUCCCGAUUGGAAAACCUACAGUUGGAUAAACCGGAACAAAUGCGAACCAGUGGAGUCCUACGUACCCAAAUGGCUGGACUUGGGGGUGACCUGGGUGGGCGGAUGUUGCAGGACGUACGCGGUGGAUGUGGGCCGCAUACGAAGGGAGGUGGAGAAAUGGAAACGGGCCCAGACGACGAGUGAGAUGGAAUAAAAUUGUGUUUUUUAUGUUUGAAGACUCCUCUGACCUAAACAACUACAGGGUGUUAUUAAUUGAGUGCCUAUAGUGUAGGGUGUUAAUGAAAAGUUAAUAUUAACAAAUGUCUUCGACCUUUUAGAUAUUUUGUACAAAUUUUUACACACUAUAUGAGGAGCUUAGUGUUGUAUCCAUACAGAAUCUAUUAGAUGUGCGUGACUUAUCUAGCAUAUAUAUUUUAAGAGUUUAUUGAAAAAAAAACUUUCUUGGGGUACGAUCAGUAGUCUAAUUAAGAUCGGAUAAUUCGGACAUUUCUAGCUCAUUUUAAUAAUAUCUGAUGUAUCGGACCACGUUAUAGUGCGUCAAAUAUUUGUGAAAUAUUAGUCAUAGAGAAGUAAAAUUAAAUAGUGUAUUGCAAAAAAUGUGAUAUUAAAUUAACGAAUUUUGUCAACAAAAAUCACUGUAAUGUUCUAUCUGCUUACUCUAUAAAUUAUGGUUCCUUCUUUAGGUUGUAAAUUUAAUUUGUGGCUAGGUAUAUAUUAUAAAAUAUUAUAAUUAUGCGUACACACCCAAUAUACACUUUUUGACCCAAAUUACUUCAAAUAGGAGGAUUUGAAAAAUAUUGUUGAUUUUUCCUCAAAGCCAUUCAGUUCAAACCCAAUACAGUAAUUUUUUUUAAAUCUUUUUUAAUGAUUAAAAAAAAAUGCAUUCUGAUAAAAAGUGAUUUAUUUCUUGAAACUUAACACUCUGUAGCUGAAGAAUUAAUAAUAAGAAAUAUGUAUUUAUUAAUAUUUCUUUUUAAAAUCACUCAAGAGUUUCUGUAUUAUCGGCACUCAAUUAAUAAACACUCUGUAGUUCUUUACCCAUAUAUCAAAAUAUUAUCAUUUUAACUGCUAGUGUGUCCCCCUUUUUUAUAAGUAAGGAUAAAUAAUAUCCUAUUAGUAAGUAAGAAAUGUGUCUAUGUAUUAAUGUGAAAGAAAUAUGUAUCAAUUGAAAUACAGGUUGUUUUAUACGUUCUAAAAUGAACUCUGACGGAUGACAGGACGUUUAAUUUUAAUCACGUUUAAUAAACUGUCAAUUUUGUUUAAAAACUACAAGCAUUAAAAAAAUUGAUGUAGAUAAUAACCUGCUUGCCUUGUAAUUUAUUUUUAAUAUUUAUACCUUAAUGUUUGGACUUCUUCUCAGUUCAAGCUUGACUUAAAUUUAUUUGGCACUCUAUAUUAAACUGGUAUAUAGAUUUGAACAGAAUAAAACAUAGUUUAUUAUUUAAUGUAAUAAAUGCAUUUUAGUUCAAAAUAUUUUCACACUAAUUGCCAACAUUAUUUUUAAAUAAAUAUAUUGCCGUUAUGGCAGAAAUAUAAAAACUUUGGGUCAGUAGCUGAGUUAAAACUGUAAUUGUUAAAAAAAAAACAUGCCUGAAAAAGUUUCACGAUGCUUAUAUAUCAAACAUUUGCUGUUUAUGUUCUCACUCAAGCAUCCUAUCUGAUAAACUCCUGAAUAAAACUUCUCCGAAACUUCCCUUAUUACAACAAAAUAAUUUUCCCACUAUACAUGAAAAUCAGUUUUGUCAAAUGUCACCACUUUGAUUUCUCAAUUCAUCUUUCUCAAUAAUAAAAUUAAAAACAAAAUAAUUAUUGAUAUAAACUCAAACCCUGAAGUAUGUGAUUUGUGCUAAUUUUAAACAGUUGUAAGUGCGACUUAUAUAAUUUUAAAAUCUAUUCUGUCUUUUUUUGUCUGUUGUUUCUUUGUUCUCGACCAAUGCCUUUUAGAAUCCACUUAAUGAUGGACACUGCUGUGUCCGAAACAUCUUGGGAAUUCUAAGCUAUAUGUAGAAUAAAUGAGUGGAAAAAGA